AUGGACGACUUGGGAAGCAGUAUGCCACUCGGCGGCGGCGACCAGAAAUCUAUUGUCAUGAAUCGAGUACGACAAGAAGCUGCCAUGACGAAUGCGCGGCAAUUGAUCGAGAAAGUCAACGAACACUGCUUCGACAAGUGUGUCCCCAAACCCGGAACCUCGUUAUCGAGCGGCGAGACGACCUGCUUCACACAGUGUAUGGAAAAGUACAUGGCGGCGUGGAAUACGGUUUCGAGACAGUAUAUUACGAGGAUUCAGCAGGAGAGCGGGAAGGCGCCUGGGAAUGGAGGGAUGUUCUAG